GGAAACCACGGAGUUGAUUCCCUGUCCACUCAGUGUGUCUCUGGACGAUCAGGAUGUCUGGUCUGGUCUCUCUGGUCGUGGUCGUCCUGCUCUCCUGGGGGACGUGGCGCCCGGCUGCAGCUGAUGUUGGUGACUUUGCUCCGUGCCUGCAGUUCUUCUACAGGUCGUGGCCUCCUAAAGGUCUGCUGGGGACCCCCAUCUGCCAGCGCUUCCUCAACCAGUACCGCUUUGCCUCCUUGUACAGCCGAGCACGCCGCUCCCCCUGGUUCUCCGGAUAUCUGUACACGCUCCCGGCCGGGAAGAGGCCCGCAGCUUUCUGGAAGUUUGAGCGACAGUUAGCGUACCCGGGCGCCGACGGCAACAUGAUCCCCUUCCCCCCCGGCCCCGUGGACCAGAACGUGGUGGAAAGCCAGGCGGUGGAGCACGACUACAUCAACUCCAGCUACUCCCGGGGCCACCUGGACCCGAGCCUUCACCACCGGAGCCACGACGACCGCUCGGCCACCUUCACCCUCACCAACGUGGUUCCUCAGAAGGCGGGCUCUAACGACGGCCCCUGGCAGCUCCUGGAGAUGAGGGUCAACAAAACCCUGGCGGCCUACUGCCUCGGAGACGCCUACAUCGUGACCGGCGUCAUCCCCUAUCAGAGGGAGGAGCACUGGCUCAACAACCGUGUGGCUGUGCCGGAGUACAUGUGGUCGGCCUACUGCUGCCCGAAGUUCAACAGCAGUCUUCCAGAGAGGCUGAAGGACGCCUUCCCCACGUACGCUGCCAUCGGCCGCAACGACAGCAACAGCACCGAGGAGAUCGUGCCCGUGAACCCGGCGGCAAAGAAACAGUUCAGAGGUUAUGACGUGAGGCCGAUGCCGCUGGAAACGCUGGAGCUGUAUCUGAAGGAGCGGUUCGCUGCGGUCGUCAGUGUUUUCUAUGAGCGCUGCUCUGGAAAGGACUAA